AUGUAAUUUGUGAAUUUAACACCAUCUCCUAAGAGAUCACUUAAUACAAUUUAAGGAUAAUAAGGAAAAGCGUAAAAGAAAUUAAAAUCUGUCAAAACGACUUCAAAAUAAUUACAGAUUCCUCUCAUUUCUACUUAACGAACUCUAAAGACUACAGACUAAAUUUUAUCUUAAAGAAGUCCCAUUACUGGUACUACAAAAACUACUAAGCAUUCAAUUGAAACAAAACGGAGCAUGUCUCCUGAAGAAUUAAAAACUUUCAGAAAAAGUAAUAAGACAUAAAAAAAUUAGAAAGACACCAAUAAUCCAAAACAAAAAUCUUUUUUAUCCACUGAAAAAUAAUAUCCUAUCAAGAAAUUGUUUAUACAUUAAUAUAUGAAGGAGAAAAAAAAAUCAAAUCAGUUAAAAGAUUAACUUAUGUUAUAGAAAGUUUAAAAUGAUAAAUAAAAAAAGUAUUUUUCAGAAAUUUAUAUUUAUUAGAUUAUUCAAUCUAUAAAAAUUAUAAUUAGAAACUAAAAAGAUAUUUCAAAAUGUGAAAAAAACAAAACAAAGAACUUCUAAGAAAACUAAGUUGAAAAAUUAAAAAGUUAAUGAGAUCAUUAAAAGAUUUGAAGAAUUAUCUAAAAGGUAUGAAAAAAUGCAACUUGAUUAGAUAAUCAAAUUCUAAUAAGAAGUAGCUAAACAUUAAUAAUCAUAUUAAACAUAAAUUGAUAAUAAAUCCUAAAUUAAUAUUAAUUAAGAAGAAUAAUAAGAAGUUUUUAAUUAGGAUUAUUUUAAUCAAGCAGCAUUAUUAAUUUAAAUUCAUUGGAGAGAAUAUAAAAAGCACAAGGAAAAUAAGAAAUAGAAGAAUUAAAAAACAUCAUUAUCUAGACUCUAAUAAAUAAGUAUGGAUUUGGAAUAAUAAUAAUUGGUCUCCUAAUAAACAUCUCCUAGUAAUUUUGAGGAUGGUUUUUUAUUUUGUUAAGGAGGAGAAAAAUAAGUUCAUAUUUCAAAUAUUAAAAGUUCAAUUAUAUCUGAAGAAUCCUCCCAUAUUGUUAAUCAAUUAAAUUAAGAAUUUGAAAAUUGGAAUCUAUUUACUUAAAGAAUAGUUAAGGAUAAAGAUAUUACAAACAUAAACAAAUAAAUGUAAUAGUAAAUUAUAACUAUUGUUUAAACUCAUUUAAAAUAGUCUGAAAAUAUUUCGGAAAGAAGAAGUGAAAAUGAAAUACUAUAGGAAAAAAGCAUAAAUAAACAUCAAAAACAAUUAAGUGAAGAUUUCUCUAAAAAUAAUGUGCUUAUGUUAUAAAGGAAAUCUUAAUUGGAAGAAAAUUUGGUCUUGAAUUAUAGAGAAGAAGCUUUAUAUCUAAGAUAUGAUAUGGAAUAAAAAAAUGCUUCAGAAAGAGAUCAUCAAUUACUUGAAGAUUGGUUGAAUAAGGAAUUAGAAGAUUUAUAAAACACUAGAAAAGCUUUUGAGAUAGGCCACAAGAGAGAAAUAUCAACUUUAAAAAAAAUUUAAAGAGAUAUACUGAUUGCAUCUGCAGAACUAUAAUGUGAUCCAUAAGAUACUUUUUAAAUUUAAUAAAUAUAAUAAUAAAUAGAUGAAUAAUUUAAUGGUUUAAAAGUUACUAAACAUAAUGAGAAAUCCUAAUAGGAAAUAUAAGAGACAAUAGAUUUAGUAACUACUGAAAUUUUAAAUGAAAUGAUGAUGGAACUCACUGAUGAAGUGUUAAGUAAAAGGGAUGAUCUUUAUUUAAUAAUUUCAAAUUUGAUAAUAAAUUAGGAUGAAUCACCUUGUGUUCCUACUUCUAUGGUUUAUAUUGAAUAAUAUAUAGACAACUUAUUUUAAUAUAUAUUAGAAACUCAUAAAUAAUCACUAAUAUAAAAUUUGAAUGCUCCAUUUGGAUUUACUCCUAAGUAAAGGUUGAGAUUGAUUCAUGGAAAUGAAGAUGAUGAUAUUGAUAAUAAUAAAGAAUUCUAAGAGUAAAUUGCUUUUCCAAUAGAUGAGACUAUUUUUAUUGAAUAUGAAAAUUAGAGAAUGCCAGCAGAUGAAAAUGAUGAUGAUAUUGGUUGUGCUAUUUUAGAGUUGCAACAUAUUCAUAAUAAAGCAAUAUUUGAUGCAUGUAAUGAAGUUUUGAAUCGUUUUAGACCUUAUUAUUAUAGUAAAUAUUUAAAUUUAUAUUAAGAUUCUGGUAUAAAAUAUCCAUGGGAAUAAAAAAGAAUUAUUUUAUAAUCAAUUUCAAAUGAAAAAUUAGCUUUAAUAUUGGAAGAAGUCAAAUAAAUAGUAUCAAAAUAAAGUAAGGUUUUGUGUGGAUUUUUUCCAGCUGAAGAUUAUGAAAUAGUUAAAUAAGAGAAAUAAGAAAUAAUUGAAGAGAAAAACAUAUUAAUGCUAAUGUAACAAUUAAAUUUAGUUGAAAACCCUUUAUUAGUGGAUACAAAUAUUUAAUUUGAUAAUUUAGCAUUAAUAAGAGAUGAAUAAUUAUAUAAAUUACUUGUUGAGGAUGUAAAUAAAUUAGAAUAUGUAAUAGAUUAAAGAAUAGGAACAUAAAUGGGUUUUGAUUGAAGAUGAUAAAGCUGAAUACUUAAUGGAAUUGAGCGAUCAAAUUUUAGAGACUCUUAUAGAAGAAUUCUCAAGAGAAAUAUGA